AUGGGAUGGCAAUAUGCCAUUGAUGUGGAAAAUAACUCAAGAAAAGUUCAGUGCAAAUUUUGUAGUAAGAUCUUUAGUGGAGGUAUUUUUCGUUUUAAGCAUCACUUAGCUUGUACUCACAAAAAUGUGGAGCCUUGUUUAAAAGUUCCAGACGAUACUAGAAAGGAAAUUUUGGUGAAGAAUGCCAAAGCUACUGAACAAAAAAGAAUGAUAAUUAACAGUAUUGACGAUUCUGAGAAUGAGAAUGAGAAUAAUGAGAUACAACAAGUUACAUCAAAACAAAAAGGUAAGAAUACUAUGGAUACUUUUGUGACAAAGGGGAAGUGGUCAUCAAGUGCAACUGGAAGUGGUCAAACAACUCUUAAUCAAAUGUUGAAAAGAGAAUUAAGAGAAGAUUGUUGUCAACAAAUUGCUAGAUUUUUCUAUGCAUGUGCCAUUCCUUUUAAUUGUGUAAAACAUCCCGAGUUUGCAAAGAUGCUUGAAUUGGUAGGAAAAUUUGGAAGUGGACUUAAACCUCCUUCUUAUCAUGAUAUUAGAGUGAAAUAUUUGAAAAAAGAAGUAACUCAUACCAUGGAAUUACUUGAGGAGUACAAAACUGAAUGGAAAAAAAUAGGUUGUUCAAUUAUGUCAGACGGGUGGACUGAUAAAAAGAGGCGUUCAAUUUGCAAUUUCUUGGUCAAUAGCCCAAAGGGGACAGUCUUUUUGACCUCAAUUGAUACAUCUGAUUUUUCUAAAAUUGCUGAUAAAGUAUGUGAAAUGUUAGAUGUGAUAGUGGAGAAAGUUGGAGAGGAGAAUGUGGUACAAGUGGUAACUGAUAAUGCUGCAAAUUAUAAAGCAGCAGGUGAGAUGCUAAUGGAGAAAAGGAAAAGGUUGUAUUGGACUCCAUGUGCUGCCCAUUGUAUUGACUUGAUGUUGGAGGAUUUUGAAAAGAAGCUCAGAGUCCAUGCUAUAACCAUUAGAAAGGCUAGGAGGAUAUCAACCUACAUCUAUUCAAGGACUCUUCUCAUUUCUAUGUUGAGGCAAUUUACAAAAAGAAGAGACUUGAUAACACCAGCUGUUACUCGUUUUGCAACUGCAUAUCUAACUUUAGGUUGCCUCAGUGAGCUAAAAGGUGCCUUGAUGACAAUGUUUAUUUCAAACUCAUGGAAGUCUAGUAGAUUUGUCUCUCAACAAGAUGGGAGACGAGUUCAACAAACGGUGUUAGAUUCCAGAUUUUGGAAAAAUAUGAUUCAUUGUUUGAAGGCAGCAUUGCCAUUGGUAAAAGUUCUUCGAUUGGUUGAUUCAGAUGAGAAACCAACUAUGGGCUUUAUUUAUGUAGAGAUGGAUCGAGCUAAGGAGAAGAUUAAGGCAAAUUUUAACAAUGUAAAGAAAAAGUAA